UGAAAUUCAGAGUGAGAGAUGCAAGGCCUUCACCAUCACCAGCAGCUCGCUGCUCUUCUCUCCGCCGCUCUUCCCAAAGACGAUUCCGACGACGACCCUUCUCCUCGCCUCGCCGCCAUCCACUCCAUCCACCGCGCCAUCCUCCACCCUCACAACUCCCUCCUCCUCUCUCACUCCGCCACUUUCCUCGUCCAAACCUUCUCUCAACUCCUCUCCGACAAAUCCUACGAGGUGCGUCAAGCGGCGGUUACGGCCUACGGUGCUCUAUGCGCCGUAAUCAGUUCAAUUUCAAUCCCUGUAGCUUCCAAUGGAAGACAGAACCACGUUGUGCUUGUUGACCGUUUUAUCGGUUGGGCAUUGCCAUCGUUGAGCAACGUCGCCGCCGUGGACGCCACCAAGGAACUCGCGCUUGAAGGUCUCCGUGAGUUUCUCAACGUUGGCGGAACCGAGAGGUAUGGUUUGUCUAUUCUGAAAGCGUGUCAGGUGCUGCUUGAGGAUGAGAGAACCUCUUUGAGUUUGUUGCAUAGGAUUCUCGGUGUUAUUACUUUGAUAUCGUUGAAGUUUGUGAGGUGUUUUCAGCCCCAUUUCCCUGAUAUUGUUGACUUGCUUCUUGGUUGGGCCUUGGUGCCUGAUCUUGCUCAAUCAGAUAGGCGUGUGAUUUUGGAUAGCUUCUUGCAGUUUCAGAAGCACUGGGUUGGUAGCCUCCCCAUGUCUCUCAGGUUGCUCACUAAAUUCUUGGGGGACAUGGAAGCGUUGCUUCAUGAUGGAACUCCCGGGACCCCGCCGCAGUUUCGCAGGCUUCUGGCUUUGCUUUCUUGUUUUUCCACCAUUCUACAGUCCACGGCUUCGGGGUUACUGGAGAUGAACUUGCUUGAACAGAUAUGUGAGCCUCUUACCGCGUUGCUGCCUCGCCUGCUGAGGUGCUUGUCUAUGAUUGGGCAGAAGUUUGGAUGGUCUGAAUGGAUUGAGGAUUCUUGGAAGUGUUUGACUCUUUUGGCUGAGAUAUUGCGGGAGAGGUUUUCAAGUUUUUAUCCUCUUGCUGUUGAUAUUUUAUUUCAGAGCUUGGAAUUUGGAACAACUGGGACUCGGGUGGGGUUUAGGAAGAUUACGUCUUUCCAAGUUCAUGGGGUUUUGAAAACUAAUCUCCAGUUGUUGUCGUUGCAAAAGCUUGGCCUCCUCCCAUCGUUUGUGAAGAAGUUAUUGAAGUUUGACGCAUCAAUUUCUCAGUUGCGAUUGCAUCCAAAUCAUUUGGUGACGGGAAGUUCUGCGGCUACUUAUGUUUUCCUGCUUCAGCACGGGAAUACAGAGGUUGUUGAUGUAGCAAUUGCUUCAUUGAACGAAGAACUGGAACUGUUGAAGAGUGUAAUAGGAAACAACACUGGUCAUUUCGAUGAGUUCAAUUGUGUCAUAGGUUCCAAAACAUUUUCAAAACCUGAAUUAUUUGCAUUAAUCAAGUUUGAUUUGAAAGUUCUAUUAGCAAGUGUUUCCUUGGGUGGGGAUAACAGUUUGAUUGGCCAAAAGGAAAUUGCUUCAUUGUAUCUUAAGAGGUCAGAAAAGUUGGUGUCCUUUAUCAUAAAAGAGAUUAAUCCUUUUGAAUCACCUAUUCAGGGCUUCAUGGAGUUGCAGGUGGCUGUUGUCAAGGCAUUGGAGAGGCUAAAUUCAGUUGAGUUCUUAAUUAGGUGUUCCAUAAUAGAACAGCAUAGCAACAAAGCUUUAGUUGAGUUUCCGAGUAAAAGGGAGGAUAGUGAUGAUCAAUUCGGUGAUGGGUUUUCAGCUGUGAUUACUGAGCAUUUAGAGAAGUAUAGCAAGCUCCUCAUAAAAGUCUUUCAUGCUUCUUCUUCUUUGGCAAUUAAAGUAGUUGCUCUAGACUGGGGAAAAAGUUUCUGUGAGAAUGUUAUGGCUGUUAAUAAGAACUUAAUCACGAGAAGAUUCCCCUAUGAAGCUAGUGGACAUGCUGGUGUAAUCAUGAACUUAGUUUUCUCACUUUUAGGUGGUACAUUUGAGAGUGAACCAGAGGUAAGAUCACAUGUUGCAAUAACUUUGGAGAUGUUUAUGCAAGCAAAACUUUUGCAUCCUGUAUGUUUUUAUCCCCUAGCUGAAGUGAUACUGGAGAAACUUGGAGAUCCAGCUAUAGAGAUACGGGAUGCAUAUGUGAGACUACUUACCCAUAUUUUGCCUACUACCAUAUAUGCAUGUGGUCUCUAUGAAUAUGGUAGAUUUAGGCCUGUCAACAUUGGGUUAGGCAACAGUUCUAAGAUUCACUGGAAACAAUUAUUUGCCCUGAAGCAGCUGCCACUGCAACUGCACUCCCAGCAUCUUGUUUCGAUCUUAAGUUACAUUUCACAAAGAUGGAAAGUACCUCUUUCUUCUUGGAUCCAGCGGCUCAUUCAUAGUUGCCGGAGUUCAAAGGAUGCUAUUUUAAGCCCGCCUGAAGAAAUAGGAAAUUUGGGAGCUAAUUCUUUGUGGUUGGAUAUACAAUUAGAUGAAGACAUACUUGAAAAAAUUAGUUCUGUCAAUAAUUUAGCUGGUGCUUGGUGGGCGGUACAAGAAGCAGCUCGGUACUGUAUUGCUACACGGCUGCGAACUAACCUUGGUGGGCCUACCCAAACAUUUGCUGCUCUAGAGCGUAUGCUCUUGGACAUAGCACACCUUUUGCAACUUGAUAAUGAGCAAAGCGAUGGGAACUUAAGUAUGAUAGGGUCUUCUGGUGCUCACUUGCUACCAAUGAGAUUAUUAUUGGAUUUUGUUGAGGCUCUAAAGAAAAAUGUAUAUAAUGCAUAUGAGGGGUCUGUCAUUUUACCUCCUGCUACCGGUCAGAGUUCUUUAUUUUUUCGAGCAAACAAAAAAGUAUGUGAGGAUUGGUUUUCUCGUAUAUGUGAACCAAUGAUGAAUGCUGGAUUGGCUGUACAUUGUAAUGAUGCUGUUAUUCAAUAUUGUACAUUGCGUUUGCAGGAGCUCAAGAAUCUUUCUGUGUCAGUGUUGAAGGAAAAAUCAAGGGCUCAGGUAACUGAUAACCUCCACAAUAUCAGAGGAAGAUAUAGAGGAGAUGUCUUAAAAGUUUUAAGACACAUUUCACUAGCACUUUGUAAGAGUUAUGAUCCAGAUUCUUUGAUUGGCCUACAAAAAUGGGUUUCAAUUACCUUCUCCUCCUUACUGGGAGAGGAAAAUCAAUCCUUCAGUGAAGGUGGAACUGUUGGACCCCUUUCAUGGAUAAGUGGUCUUAUAUAUCAGGCAAGAGGUGAAUAUGAGAAUGCUGCUGCUCACUUUACUCACUUGCUAGAAGCUGAAGAUUCACUCAGUUCCCUGGGUUCUGAUGGUAUACAGUUUAUCAUAGCACGUGUAAUUGAGAGUUAUGCAGCUGUAUCUGAUUGGAAAUCUCUUGAAACCUGGCUAUUAGAGUUGCAACUGCUUCGUGCUAAGCAUGCUGGUAGAAGUUAUUCAGGUGCUCUGACAAUGGCAGGCAAUGAAGUUAAUGCAGUCCAUGCAUUAGCACGUUAUGAUGAGGGUGAUUAUCAGGCUGCAUGGUCAUGCCUUGAUUUGACGCCUAAAAGCAAUAGUGAGCUUACACUUGAUCCAAAAAUAGCCUUGCAACGGAGUGAGCAGAUGCUUUUGCAAUCAUUGCUCUUUCAGAAGGAGGGAAAGAGUGAUAAGGUGCUGCUUGAUUUGCAGAAAGCAAGGUCAAUGCUGGAGGAAUCACUUUCUGUUCUGCCACUUGAUGGGUUGGCUGAAGCAGCACCUCUUGCUAUUCAGCUGCACUGCAUUUUCCUUGUAGAAGAGGAUUGCAAGCUUAAAUCAAUCCAUGAGAAGGACAAACAACUACAGUCAAUAUUAAAUUCUCUUCAACCAUUUUCUUCUUCUAUUAGUAAAUUCCGUCAAGAUUGUAAUCCAUGGCUGAAAGUCCUUCGGGUUUAUCAAACCAUUUCUCCAACCUCUCCAGUUACUCUUAAUUUCUGCAUGAAUUUGCAUAAUUUAGCACGCAGGCAAAGAAAUCUAUCGUUGGCAAAUCGUCUGAACAACUAUAUCAAAGAUCAUGUAGCUAAUUGCGCUGAGGAGAAACAUCACAAUCUGCUUUUCUUAAAUUUGCAGUAUGAGAGUAUUUUACUACAGUAUGCUGAAAACAAGUUUGAAGAUGCUGUCACAAACCUUUGGUCAUUUUUGCAUCCUUGCAUGGUUUCUUCAACAUCUACAAUAUUUUAUGAUGAAGAGAGGAUUCUGAAGGCCAAAGCAUGCUUGAAACUCGCAGAUUGGCUGACGCGGGAUUAUUCAGAUUGGAGUCCAGAGAGUAUUGUUCUCAAGAUUCCUGCAGAUUUUAAUAUGGCUGAAUCAGCCCCACUUGGCAAAGAUGGCAAUGAAGGAAAUAUAAGUCGGAAACAGAAUUUGGGUUCCAUCACUGAGGAAAUUGUUGGUACAGCAAUAAAAUUGUCAUCUCGUAUUUGCCCCACCAUGGGCAAGUCAUGGAUUUCUUAUGCUUCUUGGUGCUUUAAGCAAGCUAGAGAGUCACUCCUUUUCCAAAGUGAAACUACCCUCCGUUCAUGCUUAUUUUCUCCCAUGCUUGCUCCGGAAAUUAUACCUGAGAGAUUCAAGUUGACAAAGGAUGAGGUGCAAAAAAUUAAGUCAUUGGUUUUGUGUCUUUUUCAGGAAAAUAUUGAUAUGAAAGGUGUCAUAGAUGAACAGGAAGAGGAAUACUCUUGGCUUGAUUCUGCAGAGCACUCACUUAAUGACAAUUCUCUGCAGACAUUGGUUUGGCAUAUAGUGAAUAUAAUUGAAACUGCCUCUGGGGCACCAGGUGCUGAAAACUCUGGUGGUGAUCGUCUUUCAGCCAUGGUAUAUUCUCAACUGAGGAUUUGUUUGUUGAAUGCAAAUCUUGGGCUGGGAGAAUCUGACAUAGUAUCUGUAUUGGAUGAUUUUGUUGAUAUUUGGUGGUCUUUGAGGAGGAGGAGAGUAUCCCUGUUUGGACAUGCUGCUCAUGGUUACAUACAGUAUCUUUCUUAUUCAUCUUCCUAUGUUUGCCAUAAUCAGCUGCCUAGUUCUGAAUAUGUGGCUUUGAAGCAAAAAACUGGCAGCUACACCCUAAGGGCUACAUUAUAUAUAUUGCAUAUACUUCUCAAUUAUGGGGUGGAAUUGAAAGAUACUCUUGAAUCUGCUCUUUUGGUUGUUCCUUUGUUGCCAUGGCAGGAAGUUACGCCUCAACUGUUUGCACGUUUAAGUUCUCAUCCUGAACAAGAUAUUCGGAAACAAUUGGAGGGCUUACUGAUCAUGCUGGCCAAGCAAUCUCCCUGUUCUAUAGUGUACCCAACACUAGUUGAUGUUAAUGCUUAUGAAGAGAAGCCUUCAGAAGAGCUUCAUCAUGUGCUGGGCUGUCUGAGGGAACUUUACCCUCGAUUGGUUCAGGAUGUUCAGCUGAUGAUAAAUGAACUUGGAAAUGUUACUGUUCUCUGGGAGGAAUUAUGGCUCGGUACCCUUCAGGAUCUUCACACAGAUGUGAUGAGGCGAAUAAAUGUGCUGAAAGAAGAGGCUGCAAGAAUUGCAGAAAAUGUCACACUAAAUCAGAAUGAGAAGAACAAGAUAAAUUCUGCUCGUUAUUCUGCAAUGAUGGCUCCAAUAGUUGUGGCUUUGGAACGUCGUUUAGCUUCAACUUCUCGAAAACCUGAGACUCCUCAUGAAGCUUGGUUCCAGGAAGAGUAUAAAGACCAGCUGAAAUCAGCUAUAGCAUCCUUUAGGAUUCCUCCAGUAUCUUCUGCAGCUCUGGGUGACGUAUGGCGACCUUUUGACAGUAUUGCUGCAUCCUUGGCCUCAUAUCAGAGGAAGUCUUCAGUUUCCUUACGGGAAGUUGCACCACAUUUGGCUUUGUUAUCAUCUUCAGAUGUUCCAAUGCCAGGUCUUGAGAAACAGAUGAAAGUACUUGACUCUGACAAAGCAACUGAUCUACAAGGGGUUGUCACAAUUGCUUCUUUCCAUGAACAAGUCACUAUCUUAUUGACAAAGACUAAGCCUAAGAAACUUGGUAUACUUGGUUCAGAUGGUGAGAAGUACACAUAUCUCCUUAAAGGACGAGAAGAUUUGCGCCUUGACGCUAGAAUCAUGCAAUUGUUGCAGGCUAUAAAUGGUUUUCUACAUUCUUCUUCUUCUGCAUGUAGCAACUCUCUCAGCAUUCGUUAUUAUUCUGUGACUCCUAUCAGUGGUAGGGCUGGCCUAAUCCAGUGGGUGGAUAAUGUAGUAAGUAUUUACAGUGUAUUUAAAUCUUGGCAAACCCGUGUCCAGCUAGCACAGUUUUUGGCAUUGGGCACUGCAAAUACAAAAUCCUCGGCUCCUCCCCCUGUUCCUCGUCCCAGUGAUAUGUUUUAUGGGAAGAUCAUACCUGCACUUAAAGAGAAAGGCAUCAAGAGAGUGAUUUCCCGAAGGGAUUGGCCUCAUGAAGUCAAAUGUAAAGUUCUUCUUGAUCUCAUGAAGGAGGUGCCUAGACAUCUUCUUUACCAGGAACUGUGGUGUGCUAGUGAAGGAUAUAAAGCCUUUAGCUCAAAAAUGAAGAGGUAUUCUGGAAGUGUUGCCGUAAUGAGUAUGGUUGGUCAUGUCUUGGGACUAGGUGACAGGCAUUUAGAUAACAUUCUUAUAGAUUUCUGUAGCGGGGAUAUUGUACACAUUGAUUAUAAUGUGUGUUUUGAUAAGGGACAAAGACUAAAAAUUCCAGAGAUUGUUCCUUUCCGUCUGACCCAAAUGAUUGAAGCAGCUUUAGGGCUGACUGGAAUAGAGGGUAGCUUUAGAUCAAACUGUGAGAAUGUUAUUGGCAUUCUGAGGAAGAACAAAGACAUACUUUUGAUGUUACUUGAAGUAUUUAUUUGGGAUCCACUUGUGGAGUGGACACGUGGUGAUUUUCAUGAUGAAGCUGCUAUUGGUGGUGAAGAAAGAAAGGGCAUGGAGUUGGCUGUUAGCUUGAGUCUAUUUGCAUCUAGAGUACAGGAAUUUCGCGUUCCCUUACAGGAACACCACGAUCAAUUAUUGUCUAGCCUGCCAGAUGUUGAAUCAGCACUUGAGAGGUUUGCUUCUGUUCUAAAUCAAUAUGAGCUUGCCUCUACUCUAUACUGUCGAGCUGACCAAGAGAGGUCUAGCCUUAUAUUGCAUGAGACAUCUGCAAAGUCAAUUGUUGCUGAAGCAACAAGUAAUUCAGACAAAAUUCGUGCUUCUUUUGAAAUUCAGGCUCGGGAAUUUGCCCAAGCCAAGGCUAUGGUUGCUGAGAAAGCUCAGGAGGCAAUGACUUGGGCUGAGCAACAUGGACGAAUUCUUGAUGCUCUACGGUGCAACUUAAUCCCAGAAAUAAAUGCUUGUUUUAAGCUGAAUAACUUCGAAGCAGCCUUAUCUCUUACAUCUGCAGUUACCGUAGCAGGGGUUCCACUAACCGUUGUUCCUGAGCCAACACAAGCACAGUGCCAUGAUAUAGACAGGGAAGUUUCUCAAUUCAUAGCUGAGUUGGAUGAUGGAGUAUCUUCUGCCAUAACUUCUUUGCAAGCAUACUCGUUGGCUCUGCAAAGAAUCCUACCAUUGAACUACCUUUCAACCAGUGCAGUCCAUAACUGGGCCCAAGUUCUACAACUAUCUAUCAAUGCUCUUUCGUCAGAUAUUCUCUCUCUUGCAAGAAGGCAGGCUUCUGAACUUAUUGCAAAAUUUCAUAUAGAUAGCAUUGAUUCUAUCAAAUGCAGUCAUGAUGAUCUUUGUUUCAGAGUGGAGAAGUAUGCAGUAGAAAUAGAAAAAUUAGAUAGAGAGUGUGCCGAAAUAGAGAGUUCUAUUGGCUCAGAAUCUGAAUCAAAAACUAAGGAUCGCCUUUUAUCAGCUUUUGUUAAAUUCAUGCAGUCUGUUGGUCUUUUAAGGAAGCAAGAUGGAAUGUACGGUACAACCAGUACUAGACCUUUAGGUGAACUAGAAGAGGAGAGGGAGAAGGCACUAUCAAUUCUGAAUAUUGCUGUUAGUUCACUUUAUAAUGAGGUUAAGCAUAGGAUACAUAAUAUAUAUAGUGAUAUGUCAGGAGGGAGAAAUCAAUACAACAUGUUGCAGAAUGAUUCUGGAGCUACUUUUGCUGAGUUUGAAGAACAAGUAGAAAAAUGUAAUCUGGUGACGGAGUUUGUUACUGAUCUAUGCCAAUUUAUUGAAAAGAAUGUCCCUUCUGUUGAUAUUAACAAAGUUCAUUCGAAGUUUUCUUCUGAAAGUAAUUGGGUUUCCAUUUUCAAAACCAUUUUGAUUUCCUGUAAGGGAUUGGUUAGUCAAAUGACUGAAGUUGUUCUGCCAGAUGUAAUACGAUCUGCUGUUUCAUUAAAUUCGGAAGUUAUGGAUGCAUUUGGGUUGAUCUCACAAGUUCGAGGAUCUAUAGAAACUGCACUGGAGCAGCUUGUGGAGGUUGAAAUGGAGAGAGCAUCACUGAUUGAACUUGAACAGAAUUAUUUUGUUAAGGUUGGUCGUAUUACUGAGCAGCAGUUGGCUCUUGAAGAAGCUGCAGUUAAGGACAGGGAUAAUCUUUCAUGGGAAGAGGCAGAGGAACUUGCAACCCAAGAGGAAGCUUGUAGAGCACAACUUGACCAACUUCAUCAAACUUGGAAUCAGAGGGAUGUACGGACUUCUGCUCUUAUAAGGAGAGAAGCCGAUAUUAAAAAUGCUCUGGUUUCUGUGAAUUGUCAAUUUCAAUCUUUAGUUGGUGUGGAAGAAGAAAGGGAGCUACAUAUUUUAAGAAGCAAAGCACUGUUGGCAGCACUUGUUAAGCCUUUCUUGGAAUUGGAAUCCGUUGAUAUUAUGCUGUCUUCAGCUGAUGGUUCAGCUGCAAUGCUCUCAAGUAAAUUUCAUACUCUGGCAGAUAUGAUAAAUUCUGGAAAUUCUAUAUCCAAGUAUGUCUGGAAAGUUGGAGGUCUAUUGGAUGACCAUUCAUUCUUUAUUUGGAAGAUAGGCGUUAUAGAUUCUUUUCUUGAUGCAUGCAUACAUGAUGUAGCUUCGUCAGUUGAGCAAAAUCUCGGCUUUGACCAGUCACUCAACUUUAUGAAGAAAAAGAUUGAAAUCCAACUUCAGAAACAAAUUGGUCACUAUUUGAAAGAACGAGUUGCUCCCAGUUUACUGGCUUGUUUAGAUAAAGAAAAUGAGCACUUGAAGCAAUUGACAGAAUCAUCAAAGGAACUUGCUUUAGAUCAGGUGAAAAAGGAUGGUGCUGUAAAAAAGGUUUUACUUAUGCUUGAAGAAUAUUGUAAUGCACAUGAAACUGCUAGAGCAGCAAAAUCAGCUGCUUCUCUCAUGAAAAAACAAGUGAAUGAGUUGAAAGAAGCUCUUCAAAAAACUGCCCUUGAGGUAGUUCAGAUGGAAUGGAUGCAUGAUGUUAGUUUGAACCCAUCAUACAACAGAAAAAUCAGAUUUGAGAAGUACCUUGAUACUGAUGACAGCUUGUAUACGAUCGUUUUAAACCUCAGCAGAUCUAAAUUAGUGGAAAAUAUACAAUCUGCUGUGUCAAAAAUCACAAUGGCAAUGGAUUGCCUUCAGUCUUGUGAACGAACUUCUCUUAUAGCUGAAGGACAGCUUGAGAGAGCAAUGAGUUGGGCUUGUGGGGUUCCCAAUUCCAGUAGUUCUGGAAAUACUUCAACUAAAAAUUCAGGAAUUCCUCCUGAGUUUCAUGAACACAUUAAGACUCGGAGGCAGAUUUUAUGGGAAUCUAGAGAAAAGGCAUCUGACAUUGUGAAGUUAUGUAUGUCAGUAUUAGAGUUUGAAGCAUCAAGAGAUGGCUAUUUGCUUAUACCAGGCCAACCAUAUCCCUUCAGGAGUAGUGUUGAUGGCAAGACAUGGCAGCAAGUGUACCUGAAUGCACUAACAAGAUUGGAAGUUACUUUCCAUUCUUAUACACGUACUGAGCAGGAGUGGAAGCUUGCACAAUGCACUGUUGAAGCUGCUUCCAAUGGAUUAUAUACUGCAACCAAUGAACUCUGCAUUGCCUCUCUGAAAGCAAAAUCAGCUUCAGGUGAUUUACAAAGCACGGUUCUUUCAAUGAGGGAUUGUGCGUAUGAGGCUAGUGUCGCACUGUCUGCUUUUGCUCGAAUUUCAAGGAUCCAUACUGCUUUAACUUCUGAAUGUGGUUCUAUGCUUGAAGAGGUUCUUGCAAUAACUGAAGAUAUACACGAUGUUUACAAUCUGGGGAAAGAGGCAGCUGCUAUCCACCUCUCGCUUAUGGAAGGCCUUUCAAAGGCAAACGCCAUCCUUCUUCCACUUGAAUCAGUGUUGUCUAAGGACGUAGCGGCUAUGGAUGACGCUAUAGCAAGGGAAAGUGAGACCAAGAAGGAAAUUUCACACAUCCAUGGUCAAGCUAUAUACCAGUCAUAUUGUUCAAGAAUCAGGGAGGCUUGUCAGACCUUUAAGCCCUCGGUGCCGUCUUUGACAUCAGCUGUGAAGGGACUUUAUUCAUUGUUGACUAGGCUGGCAAGAACUGCUAAUGUCCAUGCUGGCAAUCUGCACAAAGCGCUUGAAGGAAUAGGAGAAAGCCAGGAAGUAAAAUCAGAGGAUAUUGCUUUGUCAAGAUCAGAUGCUAUUGGUGGUGAUGCUGUUGAAUUUCAUGGUAAAGAAAGGGAGAGUCUCUCUAGGUCUGAAGAUGAUAAUACUGAAGAUUAUAUUGGCUUUUCUCGAUUGUCUUUAGAAGAAAAAGGAUGGGUAUCACCACCAGAUAGCAUCUGCUAUAGCAGUUCGGGAUCAGACAUUACAUCAGCUGAAGUUAGUCUUCCUGAUAGCUUGAACGAUUCAGCAGGAUAUAAGGACUUGCUUUCACAAGGGUCUGGUGGCAGAAACCCCACCAUUCAUAUACACACCAAUCCACUGUCUCAAACUGAUGUUGAAGAAAUCUCACCUUCUGAUUUGUCAAAAUCUUUUCCUGUGGAAGUUGAUCUCAAUGGUGCUAGUUCUGAGAAGUUAAUAAAUGCGACCAUUGAUCAUCCCGAAGCUAUGGCUUUACCAGGUGAUAAAUCUGUUGCCAUCCCUGCUGACUCCCAAAAUCCAUCGAGUGAGAACUUAGACAAAGUUGAUGGUGAAGAUGAAAUGCUUGCUGCAAAUAAAGUUAAGAGUGCAGCUGAACAUCGCGAAGCUACUGAUCCUAACAUAAAUGCCAGCACUCGUGUAGGAAGGGGUAAAAAUGCAUAUGCCUUGUCAGUAUUGAAGCGGGUUGAGAUGAAAAUUGAUGGUCGAGAUAUCUCUGAAAGCAGAGCAAUUGGUAUUGCAGAGCAAGUAGAUUAUCUGCUAAAGCAAGCUACGAGUGUAGAUAAUCUCUGCAACAUGUACGAAGGUUGGACACCAUGGAUUUGAGGUUCAAGAGGUUUCUCGGACUCGAGCAUCUUAAAUUUAAGCCCCAUUCCCAACAUGAUGCAAAAGUUCGCCUCAGGCAUUGUUGGGUUGACCAUGGUGAGGAAUAGGCCCCUUAGACUGAUGUUAUAAAGGAAGCCACCAGAACAAUGUUUUUGCUGGUUCCAUUAGUCUGGCCAUGUCUUGCAGUCUGCCAUUGAUCACAAUUACUGAUCUAUACAGGGACAAAGAGUAUUCUGUUUAGCUUCUGCCAUCCCUUUGAUUUCAGCUUUUGUCCUGGCAGAGUUCCCAUUUCUCACCUUGCAAGUGGGCUUGCAUAUCCCAUUCCAUGACAUCCUCAGAAAAGUCCAAGACGCAUAGCUAGUCUUGUGAGAGAUGAAUAAGGAUUACUGUGCCUUCCCUUCUGGUUUAAACAGUGCUAUGCUGCUUUGAACACCUGCUACUCGCAUUUCCAUAUAUUGAUUGAAGAGUAUGCUUUGGAUCCUGAGCUCUUGAAGGCUGAAUGAAAGAAAGCCGUAUGCUAACAAUGUGGAUUAUCUAAUGUACUGGUUCUGGCUGGAGCAUCAUACUUUUGUAAAACCGAUGUCCAGCUCGAGUUGCACAUAUCCAUGAAUCGUUUAUCUGUAUAUAGGUCAAAGAAUCAACUGCUCGAUGCUGGUUUAUUCAUUUUGUUAUUAGACUCAUCGAAUCCAGCUCAAGAUUAGGUUUGUGAUUGUUCUUUAAUCAAUUUGACAAUAUUGCAAGGCUGGGCUUACAAUAUUUCUACCCUUAUUACGCCAUCUCGCAAAACUUUCUUUUUAAUUUCAUAUCUUCUUGAAC